CACCAGGAAACUCUAUCAUCGGCUCAGUGAGCAAGGCUACUUCAGUGGCGGGAUUCAACUCGGAAUCGGAAAUCCAUUUGAAGGAGAGAACACUGCAAAAACCGGUCCCGAUGGCGAAAUCGCAGAGUCCCGCGAAGCCUCGCGGCCGUCCGAAGUCGAAAAGUGAGCCGAAGGUUGAGAAGGAGCGCUCCAAAUCUCGGGGUAGACAGAAGUCGCGAGGUCGCAGCCCCACACCGAAGGCACCCAAGGCGAGAAAAAACAGUGCGAAGCGCUCGGCAUCCAGACCUCGGUCGAGGGCGAGAUCCCAGUCGAGAAAGUCUGAACCGAAGCCUCGAUCAAGGUCUUCCUCGCGAGCGUCUCAAGCGGCCGCGAAAAAAGCCGCCACCCCCGACAAGAAGGUUGAGGUCCCAUCGACACGACCUCGACGAACCAUCGCAGCCCGCGAAGCCGCGAAGGGGAAAACCGUUGUCGACGGUCCCGCGGAUAAACGGCACGAGAAGAAAAGGUUGACGGUAGCUGAGCUCUGCAAGAAGGCGAUCAGCGGUGUCAAGAACUUCGGAUAUCGCCGAACUCUUCUCGCGGUCUUCUGGUUGACGGUGCUCCCUGCGUAUGUGGUCCUCCUCCAUCUUCUCUGCACCAGAGAACGUUGCUAUCCUCGUUGGAACAUAAUUGUGCCCUCGCAUUUGCGCACGUACUUCGACCCGUAUUUCAUCGGACACGGGCUUGCAUCCGUUGCCCUGGUCGCUUUCUUCUCGGCCAUUCCCCUGGGCUCUGUUGUGAACGGAUUCGGUUACCGACGGGCAAUCUACAAGUACCGAUCGAAUGGCCUCCUCACCUUGAUUCUCACCUUCGGCGCAUAUUUCUUGGCAACUCAUUUCCUCUCGGUGCCGCACGCGUACGUUCUACAGAGCAGCCGGUUCAAGAGCGUUUGCGCGAUGACCCUCGUUUCUCUCGUCUACGCGACGAUCCUGUACGUCAAACCGUUUGUGAUCAAAGACCAGCAUGUCAACCACGGAUCUCUGUGCUGUUCGCCAACCUCCGACAACUUCGUCCACGACUUCGUCCACGGACGUGAGGUCGCUCCGAAAAUCGGCCAGACCUACGACCUCUGCCUGAUCCUCUUACGUACCACGAACUUCCUCUGGGCGGCGAGUAUUUACUCAGCUGUCCACAUCUCGAGAAAUGAGGGCGCUCUAAACUACAAUGUGCUCUUCGUCGCUCUGGUCCAGGCGAUCUACGUCCUGCUCGGCUCGUACAACGAAAUCCAUAUCUUGAAAUCCGCUUUCAUCAAUCAAGGUGUUGGAUUUCUGACGACGUUCAUCUGCCUGGUCCUCACUCCCAUCUGCGCAACCCUUCCCCUCCGGUACCUGCUCGACGUUAAACCCAGACCCGAGUACCACGUAGCCGUUUACGUCGCCUUGUCGGUGGCGUUCCUCAUUGGAUUGUUCCUGAUCCACCACACUAACUACAUCAAGUACCAGAACGCUCGCUCCGGAGGCAAGAAGGUGCUCCGCACUGGAGCCUUCGCCUACGUUCGCCAUCCGAACUACUUGGGUGAAUUGAUCUGCGCCGCUUGCUGGACGCUGUUGUGCGGUCCCGCUGUGCUGCCGUGGGCUCAUUUCAUCUACCUGGUCAUGCUCAUCGGCUGUCGAAGUCGCUUGUUGGAAAAGAACACCAACUACGAGUACAAACAAUAUGCGGAUCAGGUCCGAUCUCGCAUCGUCCCGUUCGUCUACUAAACUUUACAUAGCCGAUGGGUUUGAAAGGAAGGAAAUGCCUCAAAGGUCGACAUCAGACGAUUAUCGCUUGUCCCGAUCGCGCUUCUCGGUGUACAUACGAAGCGUGAGCCUGGGACAAUGUUUGAAAUUUUUUCGCAAUCCCCCUCGGACUAGGUGGGUGGCCGCCCGCCUUUCUAAAUGGUGGUCGGCAGCCAUUUCUGAACAUCUUCGUAUCUCAUUGUACACAACUCAUCGACCGCGAAGCAUACAAUCUGAAUCAUGACAGAUUUCACUCCGGACCCCGGAGACGAAUCUAUGGAAAACAGACCGGAGCCCACUGAUUGGAAGCGGAUCAUUGAGUUCCCGCUCUCGGAAACGAAAGAGAACAUUCGUUUCUGUGCAAAGAUGACUCGCUCAUAGUGGUCGUGUUGUUCAAGAUGUUCGUCUGCGGCGGUUUCGGUAAAAAAAAACUGUGCGAAAACGGACGAGCGUCCGUUCAUACAACUGGAACCCACUUUAGACAGCAUGCUUGAUCCAUGGAGUUACUUUAUGGAGAGAAAGAGUUUUCGGUAUGGAGUAAGUAGGCCACAGACAUAUAUAAAUACAUAUAUACUUUCAGAUAUGUGUAAUUGUCAUUGCAGCGCGUACGUUGUUGAGUGCUGGAUGGAUGGUCGGUCGAUCGGGAGACAACUCCCAAAUCAUUGAAUUUCGAACGAUUGAAUUUGCUGUCGGAAUGAAAUGACGCAAUCGUUCCCUCACAUCAAGCUAUUCAUUCAGCAGCCUCAUUCAACGGAACAGAACCUCACAUCAUUGUGAACGGUAGUCGGGAGAUAGAAUAUAUCACAGAUCACAGGAUAGUCCAACCACUGACGCGGAGUCCUCUCUUGGUCAACCGAUUUGUAAAAAAAAGGACAACGAAAGAGAUUUUUGGAACCAAUCAGUAAUAAAUAAAGACAUUUU